UGAUGAUGAUGAGGAGGAGGAGGAUGUUUUAAAGGCAGGUUGUAACUGACUGAGCCGCCCGUCCAUCGAGCUCACAGGCGGACACACACUUUACAUCAUUUAUUCAUGCUGCGAAACAGUCUGACGGAAAAGCUACCGCAUUUCAGCCGUCGUUUCCUAGCGAUACACCGUGAUAUAAAAUAAAGAAGGCUAAUUCAGAAUACACACCGUCUCUCUGCGUGUGUGACCGUGGAGGACACCCACAGCCCAGGCCGUCAUCAGCAGCUGGCUCCCCAGCGGACGUUAGCGGCUAACCUGCUAACGCAAGCAGGUUUGACCCUUCGAACCAUCACUAUGAUAAUCAAGGAGCUGUGUUUCCACAUUACACCGGCUCUUUCCCAGUUGUGAUGGAAAGGCAAAACUGACUCAAGAGGGAGCGUAAAUCCUGGAUGCCAUAACGUAAGGGACGUUGUCAAUCCAAGAUGGAGAAAAAGAAACCGUGCCCUCGCCUCCUUGACUACUUGGUGGUGGUCGGAGCAAGGCAACCGAGUAGUGACAGUGUGGCCCAGACGCCUCAGCUCCUCCGCCGCUACCCUCUGGAGGACCACAACGACUUCCCGCUUCCACCAGAUGUGGUGUUUUUCUGCCAACCAGAAGGCUGCCUGAGCAUACGCCAGCGCAGGGUCAGCCUUCGCGACGACUCCUCCUUUGUUUUCACGCUGACAGACAAGGACUCGGGGAUCACUCGUUACGGAAUCUGCGUCAACUUCUACCGCUCCUUUCAGCGAGGGCAUCACCGCCCUCGCGGGGACAAAGGUGGCCAUGCGGAGACGUCAUCACAGGCGGCAGAGACCGCUAGCGAUGGAUCAGAUGCCAGCAGUGGAGGCCCACCGUCCUCAGUGUUAUCGCCACCUAACAAUGCUGAGUCGGCAGCUGCUUCCGGGGAAGAGAGCGCAAAGCCCGGUGCCGAGCCAAACACCGGCAAGUCCCCGCAGCACAGGCGCAGCGCCGCUAAGACGGCAGCCAGGAACCGCAACAGCACGCUGACCUCGCUGUGCAUACUCAGCCACUACCCCUUCUUCUCCACCUUCAGGGAAUGCCUUUAUAUUCUCAAGAGGCUGGUGGACUGCUGCAGUCAGAGGCUAACCCAACGAGCUGGGCUCCCUCGCACCACCCAGAGGGACACCAUGUGGCGGGUGUUCACGGGAGCACUGUCGGUGGAGGAGAAAGGCAGCCAGCUGCUGGCGGACCUGCGGGAGAUUGAAUCUUGGGUGUACCGGUUGCUUCGUUCCCCGGUACCAGUGGCGGGUCAGAGGCGUGUGGAUGUGGAAGUGCUGCCCCAUGCACUCAAACGGCCGCUCACCUUUGCCCUGCCUGACAACUCCCGCUUCUCCAUGGUGGACUUCCCCCUGCACCUGCCCUUAGAGCUGCUGGGGGUGGACGCCUGUCUUCAGGUCCUCAGCUGUGUCCUGCUGGAGCACAAGGUCAUUCUUCAAUCUAGAGAUUACAAUGCUCUAUCUAUGAGCGUCAUGGCUUUUGUUGCCAUGAUCUACCCUCUGGAGUACAUGUUCCCCGUUAUCCCCUUGCUGCCAACAUGCAUGGCCUCUGCUGAGCAGCUCCUUCUUGCCCCCACACCCUACAUUAUAGGAGUACCCGCCAGCUUCUUCCUCUACAAAUCUGAUUUCAAAAUGCCAGACGAUCUUUGGCUGGUGGACCUUGACAGCAGCAAGGUUAUAGCACCUACCAAUGCAGAGAUCCUGCCACCUCUUCCAGAGCCUGAGGCACUCGAGCUCAAGAAACAUCUCAAACAGUGUCUGGUUAGGUUGACCGUGAUCACCCAAAAGCAGAUCUUCUCCUCUGAAAAUAAGGCCUUGGCCAGCAUGAGUUUAAACACCCAGCCCAUCCUGAACCUGGAGAAGUUUCAGGAGGUUCAUGAGAUGCCCCUGCUCCCACCCGGACGAGACAAAGCCUCGCCGUCCUCCACAGAGUUCAACCCCCUAAUUUACGGCAAUGACGUUGAUUCUGUGGAUGUGGCCACCAGGGUCGCCAUGGUACGGUUCUUCAACUCCCCAAAUGUCCUCCAGGGGUUCCAGAUGCACACCCGCACACUGCGCCUCUUCCCCCGGCCCGUGGUGGCUUUUCAGGCUACUUCUUUUCUGGCAUCUCGGCCUCGCCGCUCUCUCUUUGCAGAAAAGCUUUCUCACACCCAGGCUGUGGAGUUCUAUGGAGAGUGGGCUCUCAAUCCUUCCAACGUCGCGUUUCAGAGGAUACACAACAAUGUGUUCGACCCCUCCUUAAUAGGAGACAAGCCCAAGUGGUACGCUCACCAGCUGCAGCCAGUACUCUACCGAGUGUAUGACGGAAGCUCUCAGCUGGUUGAAGCUAUGGCUGGCCCCUUGGAGGAUGAAGGGAACGAGUCAGAUCCCACAGACAGUGGCAGUGACAGCGAGGCUUACGAUGACUCCAGCUCUUCCUACUCUUCACUGGGAGACCUUGUGAGUGAGAUGAUCCAAGGUGACAUCCAGGGAGACACACCAAGCCUGGACCCACCUACCCAUGCUGCACUGGGAGACGCUAGCGAGGUCGAGUUUCAGGACUUCCAUGACUUCAGGGAAGGUCAGGGCUCGGACGGUCCAUCAAGUGGGGACGGGCCUGCAGAUACCUCUGAUGGACAACCUCUUCGCUCAAGCUCCAGCACAACUGCAAGCUCAAGUCCCAGCACGGUCAUCCAGGGAGUCAACCAAGAGACGGGGGAAAUCCCUACAAUUGAAUUACCCGCAGGUGCCGCUCUACAGAACCCUGUCUCCGGAUUGGUUAGUCAGCCGCUCCUCAGGCCUCAGACUGACGCUGGCUUGGCGGACCCAGCCAACAAAAAGCAGGAGUAUGACAACCCGUACUUUGAGCCUCAGUAUGGCUUCCCCUCAGAGGAUGACCCUGAUGCAGAAGAGCAAGUGGAGUCAUACACCCCCCGAUUCAACCAGAACCUCAAUGGCAACAAGAUACAGCGUCCUUUACGUCCCAGUAGCCUGAGGCUCCCAGGAGAGUCUGACGGAGAGGGAGACUCCCGCAACAGCUCGCCUAACUCCACCAUUUCCAACAGCAGCACUGAUGGAUUUGGAGGACUCAUGUCUUUUGCUAGCAAUCUUUACAAGAACCACGGCACCAGUUUCAGUCUGUCCAAUCUCGCUCUUCCGAACAAGGCAGCGAGGGAGAAAACUCCUUUCCCUAGUCUCAAAGUAUUUGGGCUAAAUUCUCUAAUGGAGAUAAUAACAGAGGCCGGCCCGGCGAGCGGAGAAGGCGCACGUGCCCCUCGAGCACUUGUUGACCAAAAGUCUUCGGUAAUCAAGCACAGUCCGACAGUGAAGAGAGAAUCGCCCUCUCCUCAGGGCCGAGUCAACAACACAAGUGAGAACCAACAGUUCUUGAAGGAAGUGGUUCAGAGCGUUCUGGACGGUCAGGGAGUCGGCUGGCUCAACAUGAAAAAGGUGCGCCGCCUGUUGGAGAACGAGCAGCUUCGUGUGUUUGUUCUGAGUAAGCUGAACCGAGCCGUCCAGUCGGAGGAAGACGCCAGACAGGAGGUCAUACGGGAUGUGGAGGUGAGCAGGAAGGUGUACAAAGGCAUGCUGGACAUCUUGAAGUGCACAGUUUCCAGUCUGGAGCACUCUUACACCAACGCGGGCCUCGGAGGAAUGGCCAGUGUCUUCAGCUUAUUGGAGAUAGCCCGCACACAUUAUCAAACCAAAGACCCAGAAAAACGCAAGCGAAGCCCCACAGACAGUGCUGACAGCCCAGGCAGUAAAGAGAGUCCCACCGGUUGUAUGGAGACUGCCCGACCUCAGAACCUCCUGAACGUCCCCCACCUGCAGGUGCCGCACCACGCAACGGGCAAAGGAGCCCGCCAUUUUGAUACCCGGAGUCUGAACGAGGAGAACUUUAUUGCCUCGAUUGAAUUGUGGAGCAAGCACCAGGAUAAGCAAAAAGCUAUGGAAAAACCACAGAGGUCUGAUGGAGCAAAGCAGCAGCGCCCCCAGGUGACUGACGCCGAGGAGAAGAAAUCACAGAUCAGUGCAGACAGUGGCCUCAGUGUCUCUGGAUCUCAGAAGAGCGACACAGAGUCUGUAACUAGCUCAGAGCCACCGAUUCUGACAAGAAGCACCAGCCAGGACUCGGAGGCCAGCACAGUGAUCAGCAACAGCUCUGGAGAGACCCUCGGGGCUGACAGCGACCUGAGCAGCACUGCAGGAGACGGCCUCGGAGGGAGGAUGACUGCUCACUUAACUCAGUCCAGAGGGACUCUUUCCGACAGUGAGAUUGAAACCAAUCCAGCCACCAGCUCGGUGUUUGCGAAGCCUCACACUCUGAAGCCAAGCUCAAAAGAACCGCCAGUCGUUAUGGCGAAAGGCCCGCCUGCGCAGCCCGUGGAGGACAUCAGUAUGAGGAUUUACCUUUGUGAAGGCCUGCUGGGCCGCGAUAAGAGCUCCGUUUGGGAUCAACUAGAGGAUGCUGCCAUGGAAACCUUUUCUCUAAGUAAAGAGCGCUCCACACUGUGGGACCAAGUGCAGUUCUGGGAGGACGCCUACUUGGACGCUGUGAUGCUGGAGCGUGAGGGCAUGGGGAUGGACCAGGGACCUCAGGAGAUGAUUGAAAGAUACUUAUCACUUGGAGAACAUGAUCGCAAGCGUCUAGAGGACGAUGAAGACAGACUUCUGGCCACCCUGCUGCACAAUAUGAUCGCUUAUAUGCUCAUGAUUAAAUUGAACAAAAAUGACGUCAAGAAGAAAGUGAGGCGUUUGAUGGGGAAGUCCCACAUUGGCCUCACGUACAGCCAAGAGAUCAAUGAGAUACUGGACAAACUUGCCAACAUGAAUGGCCGAGAGCUGUCCAUCAGGCCCAGUGGAAGCCGUCACAUCAAGAAGCAAACCUUUGUUGUACACGCUGGCACGGACACCACCGGGGACAUCUUCUUCAUGGAGGUUUGUGAUGACUGCAUAGUCCUGCGCAGCAACAUCGGCACAGUGUACGAGCGCUGGUGGUACGAGAAGCUCAUCAACAUGACUUACUGCCCCAAGACCAAGGUGCUCUGUCUCUGGAGACGCAACGGCCAGGAGACGCAGCUCAACAAGUUCUAUACCAAAAAGUGUCGUGAACUCUACUACUGUGUUAAAGACAGUAUGGAGAGAGCUGCAGCGAGACAGCAAAGCAUCAAACCAGGUCCGGAGCUGGGUGGAGAGUUCCCGGUGCAGGACAUGAAGACUGGAGAAGGUGGACUGCUGCAGGUCACACUGGAAGGAAUUAACCUUAAAUUCAUGCACAGCCAGGUUUUCAUAGAGCUGAGUCACAUUAAAAAGUGCAAUACAGUGAAGGGAGUCUUUGUCCUGGAGGAAUUUGUUCCUGAAACUAAAGAAGUGGUGAUCCACAAGUACAAGACCCCCAUGGCACAUCAAAUCUGUUACUCCGUCCUCUGCCUUUUCUCCUACGUGGCGGCGGUGAAGGGGAAGGAGGCGGAAGGAAAACCCAAGAUUCUGUCACCAAGACCCCUUCCUAGCUAGUCUACACCCCGCACACUCUCUCCCUUCUCCCCCCUCGUCUGAGUGCUCCUCUGCGUGUAAAGGCAUCUCAGCUCUCAAACCACAGACUUCUGACAAUCCCUAACUUGAUUCUAAGCACACGAUCCCUGCACCCCUCCUCUUGUAAAUACAAGCCUGAGACCUCUUUAAGACCCCAUUGUGUAGACGUGUUUAGUCCGUGGAGUUGUGUAAAUACUUCCCUCACCGCUGUCGUCCUGGUGCUCAUACCAACUAGCUAAAUGUUUGCCUGCUCCUGCUCCAAAUGACUCUCCUCGGGCCUGAAUGUCUUCGAUUGUUCCUGCUGCCAAGACCCAACUGUUUGAAGAUGUGAGGGACCCCCACCCGAGGCACAGAGUGCAUGCAGGUCCCGUGCACAGCCUUGACUUUCACUACAGAGUAGCCCCCCCCACCCCCACCCGUCUCCAUUCGACUGUGUGAGUUAUUCUGUGAUUCUGUGGUUUACUGUAAAGUUCCAGUCCGUCCAAGUUUAAGCUGGUGAAACACUCCUGUAGUGCAGGGCGUCCCGUUCUGUGUGCCGCAGCCGAGCACCGCAUGUAAACGCUUCUCAAAGUGUUGGAACCCUAAAAUAAUGUGAGUGUUCUCCACUGUGUCCCCCCCCCCCCGCCCUACAUCGCCCCCCCGGGCUGACUUACUGUUCUAAUUCUGCUGUAAAACUUCUCGUCUGUGGUCUGCUGUUAUCAAUUGCAUGUUACUAUAAGGAUGAAAAAUAAAUAUUAUAUAUAUUUCUAUAUAUAGUAUUUAUUUAAUAUAUACAUAUGACUGUACAUUUCUCUGGAAAAAUAAUGUUACAAAUUGUUGAUUUGCUAGAUGUGCAAUACUUAAUGAGUAGUUAGCCAUUGCCAGAGCCAUGUUUUUGUUUAGUUAACUGGCUUUCACAGGGAGAUGAAUGUAUGAAAGAGCUUUUUUUCUAUAUUGAUUGAAGUGAAUAAGAUGAGUUCAUUUGACUGUUUAAAGUUUGUCUUUUAAUCAAUCAUCUGAAUCACACAAAAACAGCUGCUGUGUUGAUUUCUAUGGCACGAUCUUUGGGUCGUUUUGCACUCAGUCCACACCCACUUCAGUGACAUCACUACGAGACACGCUACGUUAAAAUUGAGCAAUGUGAAAGGCAUCUCUUGUGAUGCUGUUUUCAAAAACAAGUUAUUGAAGUCUUCCUAGUCAAAAUGUUGUCUUCUACUGAUGAUGUGAGCCUGCAAAUUAACAAAUAAUGCUGGCAGUGAAAGACACACAAAAUCAAAACAACUGUCCUUACUUUACGCGGAAAUUCAAUUUAGUAUACACUGACUUAUCAGCAACCACUUGUCAAAAGUGAUGGCAAUCAUAGGUCAUUUUUAGUAUGAAGAGAACCCAAAACCAUGGUUAUUUCUCUGAAUCUGAGCUGACUAUUAGAUAUAAGUGACAGAAUAUGGUGCAACACCGGUGCUGUUUUGGUGUGAGUUAAUUCGUAAGUGUGGUACCAAAAGUACAAAACCCUCCAAAGUCUCCAGCAGCUGUUUUUUUUUUCUGUGAGUUUAUUUCAGACGUGUUGAAGCUUAACAUCACCUGCUCCUCACCUGGAGACCCAGUCUUAAUGUUGUUCCUCUCCGUGAUAGUAAAGAACAGAUGAAUCUGGUCCUAUCGCUGGCCCGUUUACUUUUACUGUGUGUGUGUGUGUGUGUGUGUGUGUGUGUGUGUGUGUGUGUGUGUGUGUGUGUGUGUGUGUGUGUGUGUGUGUGUGUGUGUGUGUGUGUGUGUGUGUGUGUGUGUGUGUGUGUGUGUGUGUGUGUGUGUGUGUGUGUGUGUGUGUGUGUGUGUGUGUGUGUGUGUGUGUGUGUGUGUGUGUGUGUGUGUGUGUGUGUGUGUGUGAGACAGUUCCUCCAGAUCAGCAAUACAUUGGAACAGCUCUAUCACCUGAAGUUGUUUUUUGAUUGACAUGCUUUUAUUUUUCGUGAUUUAACUGCAAAGGAAAAUAAUCUGUAGGAUAUUCAGAAGAUGCUGUUCCAUUAAUGGAUAUAUUAUAAAUAAAUAACACAUAAAAAAGACAGAAUUCCAUCUGAAGCAUCUCUGGAAGUGGUUUUGGGACACAGCUCUUUAUGCAUACAGUAAAAUGGGAUUAUUACAACUCAUUGUACUCGCUGGCUGCUGUGAUGAGAGGAGAAUAUGGGAGGAGAUGCCAGGUGGAAGUAUUCCAAUACUGCAUAUGAAAAAAAAGUAUUUAUAGAAUAUGUACAGCUUUGGCAAUAUAAUAAAGUAAUCGCAAAUAAA